AUGGCUAACAAACGUGGUAGGGGAGGUUUUCGGAUGGAGGAUCAUGGCAAUACCAACGACAUGGAGGAAAUCAAGGGGUUGAUUGAACAACUUAGUGAAUGCCUUGCUCGCAUCGAAACUCAAGGCCGUGAUGGUGGUGAGAGUUCCAACGGGGAGGAGAGUGUUCAUUCUCAUGGUGAUAGGAGGCAUGGUAAUAACCAUGAUCACCAUUCUUUAAACUUGAAGGACCUCCCUGAGUUUGAAGGAAGAAUGCGACCAGAUGAAUUCAUUGAUUGGCUUAACACCAUUGAAAGAAUUUUUGAUUACAAGCACACUCCUGAUGAAAGAAAGGUGAAGAUGGUAGCGAUCACAUUGACACACAAGGCCUCUGCGUGGGAAUCCUUGCGAUCUCGCCGUGAACGCCUAGGAAAGCCGAAGAUCAAGAAUUGGGAAAAGAUGAAGAAAGAAUUGCAAAAAAGAUUUUUACCAGAAAACUAUACUCAAAACAACUUUAUGAAACUUCACAACAUAAGGCAAGGGUCGAGAACAGUUGAUGAGUUCACAGAGGAGUUCGAUCUCUUGACUACAAGAUGUGGAGUGAUAGAGGAAGAGGAGCAGUUAAUUGCAAGAUAUCUUGGAGGGUUGCGAAAAGAAAUUCAUGAUGUGGUGGUUUUACAACAAUAUUGGAGUUACAAUGAUGUUUAUAAAUUGGCUAGUGAGGUGGAGAAACAACUAAAAGUACGUCAGAAGCGGCCUAGCAAUGAGGACUCCUACCACAAACAAAUUGCUGCCAAGUGGGUUGCACCAUCUGAGACUGAUAAAAACGAAGAACAAAAGAUUGAAUUCCAGAACAACAGCACCAAUCUCAAGGAGGGUGGCAAGCCUAAGAAGUGUUUCAAGUGUUCGGGGUUGGGACAUAUAGCAUCUGAAUGUCCUAAUCGACGGGUGGUGAACUUGGUUGAGGAAAUCGGAGAAACAAGUGAAGCAAGACAUGGUGAACUAAUGAUAUCUGAUGAUUGUCAUUAUUAUAAUGACGAAGAAGUUACCUGGAGUGAUCAAGGUGAGUCACUUGUGAUAAGAAGAACCAUGAAUGCAUCAAAAAUAGAAGAGCACCUAGAUUGGAGAAGACAUAAUAUAUUUCAUACAAAGUGCACUUCCAAUGGUAAGGUGUGUCAAGUUAUCAUUGAUGGGGGGAGUUGUGAAAACAUUGUGGCACAAGAGAUGGUAGACAAGUUGAACUUGCAAACAGAAAGGAAGCCAAUAUCCUAUAAGCUGCAGUGGUUCAAAAAAGGUAGUGAUGUAGUAGUCAACCAACGUUGUUUGGUAUCAUUCUCUAUUGGAAAAAACUACCGAGACUCACAAUGGUGUGUUGUAGCACCAAUGGAUGCUUGCCAUCUCUUAUUAGGCCGUCCUUGGCAAUUUGAUAGGACAGCUCACCAUGACGGGUACCAGAACACCUACUCUUUCUUGCAGGAUGGAAAGAAAAUUAUUUUGGGUCCAUCUAGAGCAGACUACAAACCAAAAUCAUCCAAAGCAGAGAGCUGCAGUUUUCUCUCCACAAAGAAGUUUGUAAUUGAAUCCAAAGAGAGUGGGGAAUUGUAUAUGUUGAUGGUGAAAGAAUUGGGCACUGAUGAUUUUAGUUAUUCCAAGGUGUUAGCACCUUCGCUGGAGGAAUAUAGUGAAGUCAUUCCUGAGGAGUUACCUUAUGGGCUACCACCUAUGCGUGACAUACAACACCACAUUGAUCUCGUACCAGGUUCAAGUUUGCCAAACAGGCCUCACUACCGCAUGAGUCCACAAGAAUAUGAAGAGCUCAAUAGGCAAGUGACUGAGUUGCUACAGAAAGGAGUGAUCUGGGAAAGUAUGAGUCCGUGUGCAGUACCAGCAUUACUCACACCUAAGAAGGAUGGGACCUGGCGUAUGUGUAUUGACAGUAGAGCAAUAAAUAAGAUAACAGUAAAGUAUAGGUUUCCAAUCCCACGCUUGGAUGAUAUGCUCGACCACUUAUCUGGAGCUAAGGUAUUUUCAAAAAUUGAUUUACGAAGUGGGUACCAUCAGAUAAGGAUAAGGCCAGGAGAUGAAUGGAAGACAGCUUUCAAGACCCGUGAUGGUCUGUUUGAGUGGCUUGUAAUGCCGUUCGGAUUAACUAAUGCCCCUAGCACAUUCAUGCGACUCAUGAAUCAGGUAUUUCGCCCUUUUAUUGGAAAAUUCGUGGUUGUUUAUUUCGAUGAUAUUCUUGUGUAUAGUCUUAAUGAAGCAGAACACUUGAAGCACCGACGAGAGAUUUUUGAAGUAUUGAGGGUGCAGAAGCUAUAUGCCAAUUUGAAGAAGUGUGAGUUUUUAACUGAAAGCUUAGUUUUCUUGGGAUAUGUUAUUUCUGCUGAAGGAAUCAAAGUGGACUCAAACAAAAUUACAGCAAUUUUAGAGUGGCCAACACCAAAAUCCAUCCAUGAUAUUAGAAGCUUUCACGGCCUAGCUUCUUUUUAUCAGCUGUUUAUUCGCAAUUUUAGCUCCAUUAUUGCUCCAAUGACUGAUUGUCUGCGUUCUAAUGUAUUCAAAUGGACUGAAGAGGCCAAUAAGAGUUUACAUGCAAUAAAAGAAGCUAUGACCAAAGCCCCUGUCUUGGCUUUACCUGAUUAUGAUAAGGUUUUUGAGGUUGAUUGUGAUGCGUCCAAGAAUGGUAUUGGAGCUGUCUUGAGCCAAGAAGGAAAGCCCAUAGCUUUUUUCAGUGAGAAAUUAAAUGACACCAGGCAGAGGUAUUCCACAUAUGACGUUGAAUUUUAUGCCAUUGUUCAAUCUCUUCGGUAUUGUAGGCAAUAUCUUAUCUUCAAAGAAUUUUUUCUCUACUCUGAUCAUGAAGCCCUCAAGUUCCUCAAUGGACAACAAAAACUUAAUAGGCGCCAUGCCAGAUGGGUCGAAGAACUACAAGAAUACAACUUUGUGAUCAAGCAUAAAGCUGGGGUGCAAAAUAGGGUGGCUAAUGCCUUGAGUAGGCGUGGAGCACUUCUAUCUGUGAUGGAGGUACGAGUUGACAACUUUGAUUACUUAAAGAAGUUAUAUCAAGAAGAUGUAGAUUUUUGUGAGACAUGGAAUGAGUGA